GAAAAUCAAGGCAAGCUACAAGCAGAGUUUCGAUUAUUUGCCGCUAAUUUCCGAGCCAUUGCAGUCUGUGGAAGGCGAUGAAAUAAUCAAACCACAGUGAAGAAGAAGAACUAGCGACAGCACAAAUGGAGAACAGCACCGAAAUUGAAUUCCCUGCAUUCCCUUACGAACCCUACUCGAUCCAGCUCGAUUUCAUGAAAUUCCUAUACAAAUCCCUCGACAAAGGUGGCAUUUCCAUGCUCGAAAGCCCAACGGGGUGUUUUUCUGUUAUUGGAGUGCUUGGAUUGAUGUCUGGGUUUGUGACAGGGACUGGGAAAACCCUAAGCAUGAUAUGCAGUGCUCUGCAGUGGCUUGUAGACAGGAAGAAGCAGGAGAGUUUGGAAAAUGGUGGGGUGGAAAAUUCGGGUGAGCUUAAUGGGGAGGACGACGAGCCAGACUGGAUGAGAAACUUCGUACCAAAUAAAGAGCAGGAAUUAAUGGGGCCGAAAAACCCAGUACAACGAAAUAAAAUUGGGUCCCGUCCGAAGGGAAAGGAAGAUUCUUUCCGAGAUCUGAUUACCCUUGGUGAAGGAGAAGUAGAAAAGGAGAUGGCUAAUGGCAAGAAGGUGAAGAAUGGGGGUGAUGAGGUGGAUGAUGAUGAGUUUUUGUUGGAAGAUUAUGAGAGUGAUGAAGAAAAUGAGGGGAAAUCGAAAAGAAAGAAUGUCGGUGUGGAUGAUGAUUUAUCGAGCGAGGGAGAAGAGUUGGAUGGUAAGGAAGAAGAGGAGACACGUUUGAAGAUCUUCUUCUGCAGUCGGACACACUCACAGCUGUCACAGUUCAUGAAAGAGCUGAGGAAGACUAAAUUUGCGAGUGACCUGAAGGUUGUUUGCUUGGGUUCCAGGAAAAAUUUUUGCAUCAAUGAAGAGGUAGUGAGGCUGGGAAAUCCGGCACGUAUAAGUGAGAGGUGCUUGGAGCUUCAAAAGAAUAAGAAGAAUGAAGCUUCUAAAAUGAAGAAAUUGGGUGCGGGAAAGAGAGUACGUUGUAACAAAUCGUCCUCUGGAUGUCCGAUGCUAAGGAGACGGAAAAUAGAAGAGUUCAGGAACGAAGUUAUGCAGAGGGAGGCUCUUGACAUAGAAGAUCUAAUUAGUAUUGGACGUAACUUGGGAGGUUGUCCUUAUUAUGGAUCAAGAAGAAUGAUGCCUGCAGCAGACCUUGUGGUUCUUCCUUAUCAGUCUCUUCUUUCAAAAUCAUCUCGUGAAUCACUGGGUUUGAAUUUGAAAAAUAGUGUUAUUAUCAUAGAUGAAGCCCAUAAUUUAGCCGAUACUCUCAUCAGUAUGUACGAUGCAAAAAUUACAGUGUCCCAGUUGAAUCAAUUGAAGUGUCACUUGGACGGGUAUUUUAGACGGUUCCGUAAUCUUCUCGGACCAGGUAACCGAAGAUAUAUCCAGACUCUGAUGACCCUCGCUCGAGCUUUUCUCGAAAUGUUGUCUGAUGAUGGGAAAGUUAUGAGCCACUCUAAUCCUCCAUGUGAAGCCGAGGAGAUUAAAAGUAACACAAUGACCAUAAAUGAGUUUUUAUUUGCUCUAAAUAUUGACAACAUAAACUUGGUCAAGCUGUUGCAAUACAUGAAAGAAAGCAACAUAAUUUACAAGGUUAGUGGUUAUGGAGAUAAAGUUGCCGUCUUCAAAAGCUCUGCUGAUGCUGAAGAUGACAAAGUAGUUAUUGAGGAAAGUGCAAUAUCUGGUUUUAGAGCGUUGGCUGAUAUUCUUUCAUCCUUGAUAAAUAAGGACAGUGAUGGAAAAAUAAUAGUCUCAAGACCUGUGCAAACGUGUGAUGGGCUACAAGGAGGAUAUAUAAAGUAUGUCAUGCUUACUGGAGAGAAAAUCUUUUCUGAGGUCCUUGACCAAGCUCAUGCAGUUAUCUUGGCCGGAGGAACUUUACAGCCAAUAGAGGAAACAAAGGAAAGGCUUUUCCCAUCACUGCGGCUUGAAAAAUUACCCUUCUUCGCAUGUGGUCAUGUUAUUCCUUCCGAAAAUAUUAUGCCCAUUGCUGUCAAGUACGGGCCUUCUGGCCAGUCCUUCGACUUCAGCUACAAAGCCAGAAGCUCAUCAACCAUGAUUUCAGAGCUAGGUCUCAUGAUAUCCAAUCUAGUGAUGGUGGUUCCUGAGGGUAUAGUUGUCUUUUUCUCGUCUUUCGACUACGAAAACCAGGUCCACGAGGCCUGGAGGGCUUCCGGAAUCCUCUCGAGAAUUUCUAAGAGAAAGCGUGUCUUCAGGGAGCCCAGGAAGAGCACAGAGGUCGACGCUGUCCUGAAAGAGUACAGAGAAGCAAUCGAAGGCAUCAAAUCCUGCAGUGGUGCGAUUCUAUUUGCGGUUGUGGGCGGGAAAAUAUCUGAAGGCAUCAAUUUUAGUGAUGGGAUGGGCCGGUGCAUUGUGAUGGUUGGGCUGCCUUAUCCGAGCCCAUCAGAUGUCGAGCUGAUGGAAAGGGUGAAACAUAUUGAGGGUCUUGGGAGGGUCGAGUAUGGUGAGUCGAGCAUUGGGGAGGGUGAUAGCGGGUUUCAUGUCCUCAGGAGCUGCAGAGGGAGAGGGAAGGAGUAUUAUGAGAAUCUCUGCAUGAAAGCUGUGAAUCAAUCUGUUGGCAGGGCCAUUCGGCAUAUAAAUGAUUAUGCAGCAAUACUAUUGGUCGAUGCACGUUAUGCCUCUGACCAUACAAGACAAAGCUUUUCGCACUCGACUGAUAAGCUGCCACAGUGGAUCAAAAGUCAUCUGGUUGCCACAACUCCAAAUUAUGGAGAAGUUCACAGGUUGUUGCACCAGUUCUUUAAGUUCCACAAGAGGAAGGAGAUAAAUAAUUAAGAGUCUAACAGCAGCAAUUGGUAUAUUUCAGCAGAAAACAAAUUUUUGUAGGAAUUAGGUUUAUUGAGGAACAAAUUUAUACAAUUGAUAUUACUCUUGGGGAGUUGACAAUUUUCCCAUCAAAUUAUUCCCGUUCAUAGAAUGUGCGGCACAAAUGUUUGUCAAUUUUCUUUCCCGGGCUUUUCACACCAAGCCCUCGACAAUGCAUAAUUUAGAGUUU